AUGGUCAAGUGGGCCGCCCCGUACAGCGCCGUGGACUAUGCGAGCACCGAGGUGGGGUGCCCUGGGGCCCCAGGGUGCACCUGGGAGCCGGACGAGUGCUUGCCCGUGCAGCUGGACGGGCUGCGCCUGGCCGCCAAGAGGGCCUGGCUGCGGGAGCAGCUGCGGAGGGAGGAGAGGGCGGAGGAGGAGCACAGGAAGAGGCUGGCGGUGGAGCAGGCCCUGGCGCUCGCGGCGGCCGCGCCCGCGGAGGAGCAGCCGUCCCCGCCAAAGAAGCGCGUGCGGGUGGACGAGGAGGAGCGAGAGGCACGCGAGCUCUGGAACGCUGUCGCCCGCCAGGGGGUGCAGUGGCAGAGCCUCGCCCGCAACGCGGAAGAAGUGGACUCGUUCGAGUGGCGGACUGGCGGCGGUUCCCCCCUUGAGGGCGCCAUUGCUGACUCCUCCUGCUUCAAUUUUUCUCUCCCAUCCAAAUAUAGGUCUUUCUAG